AAGUUUGGGCGCAGGAUGAGUGACCCGGCGGGCGCCCCGAUGUCCCGCAAGCAGCGUCUGAUGGCGGCGGUGGAGGAGGAGGAGGACUGUGCCCCCGGAGCGGGUGUCGUGUAUUGCUUCAUCUGCGGCGGAGGGGUGCCCCGCGGGCGGGAGGUCCGGCUGUCGGUGCGGUCCCCGGCCCGGGACGGGUGUCCGUUCUUCCCAUUCCUCCAGCAGCAGGACCCCGCUCCCGGCGCCGACCCCCUGAGCCCCGGCGGGUGUGCCCGGGUGUGCCAGGUGUGCCAGCGCUUCCUGGGCGCGCAGUGGGACGCGUUUGAACGCAGCCGGACCCCGCUGGAGAAACGCAUGUAUUGGCUGAAGAGGCCGUACCAGUGCGGGGAGGGGGGUGCCCGAUCACACCCGAGAGACUGGAACCCCCACUAUGACUCCGACUUAUCCGACUUAUCAGACCACCCACUGAGCGAUCCUGAGGAGGGUCCCCCCCACUGGACCCCUCCCCGCCCCCCAGAGAACGGGCACCCCAUCAUCUGCUACAUCUGCGGUGGGCACGGCGCCCCCCAUGCCAUCCACGUACAGAAGCAGGAGAACUCCCCCGAGACGCCCUUUUUCCCGUUCCUUUGGCUGCACGCCCCGCCGCCCGGCGCUCAAGCUAUCACCGCCGGCGGCAGCGCCCGGGCGUGUGCCAACUGCUACUCUUCCCUCAUGCAGCAGUGGCAAAGCUUCGACAUGGCCAACGUGCCCGUCCUGCAGCGGCUGUACGUGGUGCCCCUCCAGGAUGAAAAGGGGGCGACGCCGCGACCCAGCGACCCCCAGGGCAAAGGCGUCUGCUACCUGUGCGGAGAGGACUGCGCCAACCAGGGAAAAACGAUGCGCUCCAGGAUUGCCAACGGCAGCGCCAAGUCCACCAUGCACUUCCCCUUCAUCGCCCAGAUGCCUUGCCCGCCCGGCGCCCGAGGGAUGACCCAGCACGGGGAGGUGCUGAGCUGCCGAAAGUGCCACGGGGUGUUAGAGGACAUCUGGGCAAUCUACCGGGCGUCGCAGAACGAGGAGCUCAUUGAGUCCGUGCAGAGUUUCCUGGGCCGAUACCACCAGGUGUUCACCGCCGCUGCCCCCAGCCCGAGCCGGAAAGCGCUCAACGCCCACCCGGCGCCCACCGCCAUCUGUUACGUGUGCGGGGCAGAGCUGGGCCCCGGGGCCGAGUAUCAACUGAGCAUCAACCCGCCCAGCAGGUAUGCCGACAAGGAGCCCUUCUUCCCUUUCCUCACCGUCUACCCGCCGGCGCCCAUGGCCAAACCUCCCGACUCUACGGGCCUGGUGUCCACCUGCGGCCUCUGCUACCACGACCUUCUGGGCCAAUGGUUCCAGCAGGAGAUGAAGAAGCAGCAGCAGCCCAGCAGUCCCUGGUCCCGGCAGUACCAGGUGGAGACCUUCGUCUGCUUCUUCUGCCGCACCGAGAAGAAGAGGUUGCUGGGCCUGAAGACCGUCCAGCUCGCCAGGUUGCCCGUCUUCCUUUUGGCACCGAGAGGCGCCAACAGCUUGUUUGUGGACGACGGAAAGCAGCUGCUUAUUGGAGCUUGUAUGGAGUGCCGACCCUUGGCCAUGGUGGGCUUGACUACGGCGCAGAGUGGAUCCAGCUUAUCGUCUUCACCGGCCGCCAGCCAAACAGCCUGCUCUGCUCCUCGUGUCUCUGGACCCGGCGGAACCGCCCCUCAGCCCGCGGAACCCGAGCAAAGCCCCAAAUCAAUCAAGCAGCCCCCUUCCGGCUCGGAGAGCGUCUCGAAUGUGGAGCGCGCAGAGCCCAGCGCGGCAGGCAUGAACCAUGAGCCAAAGUCAGCUUCUAUAGGAAUGCUUUCGACAGCCACUCGGACCACGGCCACAGUCAGCCCCCUCACUCCUUCCCCUAUCAAUGGCUCCCUGGUACCCAACGGCAGCCCGGCGGCCAGCAGCGCGCACUCAGUCCAGUCCGCACCCUCCUCCAGCUUUGCCGCCGCACUGCGCAAACUCGCAAAGCAGGCCGAGGAGCCCAGAGGAUCGUCCAUAAGCAGCGAGUCUUCCCCCGUCUCCUCACCGGCAACCAACCACAGCUCUCCUGCCAGCACGCCAAAAAGGGGUCCGAUGGGGCCGAUCAUAGUGCCCCCAGGGGGACACACUGUGCCGAACACACCACCCGUGGUUACCAUUGCACCGACCAAGACCGUGAAUGGAGUAUGGAGGAGCGAGGCACGCCAGCAGUCAGACGGUUCCUCCCGGGUGAGCAGUCUCAGCAGAGAGCGCCUGAUCGCAGAGUCUCAGCUGCCACAAGAGAAGUCUGGCAAUCCCUCCGUACCCGCACAUCUACUGGGGAACGCAUACGCCUUUGCCAUCCCGCCAAACUCCGUCGUCCAAGAUUCCCGCUUCCAACCCUUAAACCUCCAAAGGCCGGUUCCCCACAUGGUCCCUUCCAGCACAGUAACCGAGGAAUACCUGCGCAGCUUCCGUCCGUACCACACAGCUGAAGACCUUCGCAUGCCUUCGCUCCCCCACCUCAGCCUGGACCCAUCCGCGGCGGCAGCUUAUUACCACAACAGCUACCUAGCAGCCCACCACCCCUUCCCGCACCCUGCCUUCAGAAUGGAUGAUUCGUACUGUUUGUCCGCCCUGAGGUCCCAGUUCUACCCAAUGCACAACCCCGGAUCCCUGCCACCCAUGCACCACUCCGCUAUGCACCUGCACUUGUCUGGAGUUCGCUACCCAGCAGACCUCGCCCAUCAAUCACUAUCCGCCCUGCAGUCAGAGCGAAUCUCCAGCUUGACAGCCGAAAGCUCUUAUGCAGCUGAGAACAGAGGGAAUGUGAUCACUUAUAGAAAAGGGAAAAAAAGACUUCAAAUGGAUGAGGAGCUCCGGCAGCGGGAGAGAGAGCGGGAGAGAGAACGGGAGAGAGAACGAGAGAGGGAACGAGAAAAAGAAAGGGAAUCUGACCGCGAGCGGGAAAAAGAGAGAGACCGGGAACGGGAGAGGGAACGAGAGAGGGAGAAGAAGGAACGGGAAAGGGAGAAGGAGCGGGAGAGGGAGCAGGAACUGGAAAGGCAACGCGAGAGGGCGAGAGAGAAAGAGGCCGCCCUCCUGAAGAACCUGGAGAGCCAGUACUUGGCAGAGUCUGAACUCCACCCCAUGCGGAGUCACCAGGAAGAACGGGCGAAACCCGCAGAGCAACCCCCUCCCAGCAGACCCGAGAAGUUAAAAGAACCUUCCCUACAGACCGCAAAGCCAAUCCAACACUCGUUACACCAGCCGCCGCCGCCACCCCCCACGCACCAUUCGGUCCCCAGCCUGAUCUCCGCCCACGCUGCUUUUCCCCCACCCAACUCGGCAGCGGCAGCCGCUCUCCUAGCUCAGAGGACGCAGGAGGAGGAGAAGUGGCUGGCUCGCCAAAGACGUCUGAGGCAAGAGAAGGAGGACCGCCAAUACCAGGUGUCUGAAUUUCGGCAGCAGGUGUUGGAACAGCAACUGGACAUGAGUGGUCGUCCUAUUAACCCAUCGGAACCAGAGCUUAGGCCGGAAAACCUAAGUUCAUGUAGGGUUAUAAGCAACCGCAAUGAGGGCGGCGUCCGAGAGCCCCUACAACAUUUUGGAGGCCCGCCCCCGCUUAUUUCUCCCAAACCGCAACAACAGGCGACGCCCACUUCAUUAUGGAACCCUGUGUCGAUGAUGGACACCACAACAGAGCCACGACGCACCCAAGAGCCCACCACUGUCCAUAACCACCACGCCGCCGCCAUGUACGAACAUACCAGACAAACUGUUGCCUCGAUCAAAAUUGAGCGACCAUUUUGCUAUGAGAAGCAACAGGAUGAGGAGGAGUUGGCACAUAGGAGACGGGAAAUGGAGAAGUACCAGCCCAUUCGGGAUUCCUCCACAUUGGAGCACUCUGGUUAUUCCCACGCCCCUUUCCUUGCCGAGCUUGAAAAGUCAACACAGACUUUCCUAAACCAGCAGCGGAGUUCCCUCCAGCAAGCUGGACAGACUAUGGAGAUCACGCUGCUGCACAAGCCAAUCACGGCGCUCAGAGCACCGCCACCCAGGACGCGAGAGCCCAUGUAUAUCUACGAUGAGUUUUUACAGCAGCACCGCAGGCUGGUCAGCAAGCUGGACCUGGAGGAACGGAGGCGGAAAGAGGCGCGGGAGAAGGGUUAUUACUACGACCUAGAUGACUCCUACGAUGAAAGCGACGAGGAGGAAGUCCGAGCGCACCUCCGGCGAGUGACCGAGCAGCCCCCACUCAAGCUGGAUACAUCCUCUGAGAAGUUGGACUUCCUCCAGAUAUUUGGCCUCACAACCCAAAAAGAAAAGGAGCGCCUCCUGCAGCAGAAGCGGCGGAAGCGAAGGCGGAUGUUUCGGGAAAGGAGUCAGUCUCCUCCAACGAUACAAAUCAAGCGACAGACGCCGUCUCCGCAUUCUCCCCUCUCCACCAGAUUCAGCCCAGAUGAGCUCAACAACAGCCCCAACCUGGAGGAGAAGAAGAAAUUUCUCACGUUCUUCGACCUGUCGCACGUCAGUGCAGAGAAGAGGAGAGACAAGGAAAAACUGGUGGAAAUGCUUGAGGCAAUUAAGCAGAAGAAUGCAGCGCCGGAGGCAGUAAAGAACCAACCACCAGCCCAGACCCGGACCAGCCCGCCUCCCCCACUUCCUCCUCCCCCCUCAGGCCCGGCCCAUGAGGACCAGCUACCUGCUCCGCCAUCAACACAUCCCGAUCCACCAGCUCCAGUGGCCUCUACUUCUUCUUCUUGCACUGUUUCUGUCCCGGAAACCGUAAAGCCUCUGGAACCCCUUCGUCUAGAACCCCAUAGUGUAGAUCAUCGCAAACUCCUGGAGUCCACCAGGGUCCCGCCCCUGCAGCUUCCAGUCCUGGAGUCCACCAGGGUCCCGCCCCUGCAGCUUCCAGUCCUGGAGUCCACCAGGGUCCUGCCCCUGCAGCUUCCAGUCCUGGAGUCCACCAGGGUCCCGCCCCUGCAGCUUCCAGUCCAACCCCCAGUGACCAACGCACCAAGCGCCGACAAAAUCAGGCAGGUCGAGGGCCCGCCUGCUAAAAAGAGCUUGAGCAUUCUGAACUUUGUGCGAGGACACACACCCAAGGAAAACACAGUGCAGCCUUCCCAAAGCAUGAACGGGAGGAACAAGUCAUGGGAACCCUUCCUGGCUGAGGAAUUUGCACACCAGUUUCACGAAUCUGUCUUACAGUCCACACAGAAGGCCCUGCAGAAGCACAAAGGAGCAUCCGGCUUGCACAGUGCCGAGCAAAACCACAAACCGGACGCCUCUGUUCACUAUAACAUUCCCGAGCUGCAGCACUCAAGCAGGGCUCCAGUGCAACAACAGAAUGGACAGCCAGGACCUGGACAGACGGGGGCAAGCCUUGGGCAACGGCAGCAAGACCUCACCUCGGGGGAGGAAACGUCGGAAGAAGAAGAUGAAGAGGAGGAGGAUGAGCCACCAAGACCUAAAUGGCAGGGAAUCGAGGCAAUAUUGGAAGCAUAUCAGGAACAUUUAGAAGAUCAAAACAUUGAACGCCACGUUAUGGAGACGCAGUGCAAGCGGCUAGAAGCUCAGCACUAUAACCUGAGUCUGACGGCAGAACAGUUGUCACAUCGUAUGGCGGAGCUGAUGAGCCAGAAACAGAGAGUCGCCUCCGAGAGGGACAGGCUACAAGCUGAACUCGAACACUUUAGGAAGUGCCUUGUUUUGCCCUCCUCGUUGUGGUCUAGGGGUUAUUUUAAAGGCCACCCCAGGUGACACCGUCUCCCUUGCACUAGACCUGGACGUACAGUAUAGAAAUGAUCUAUUUUAUUAUCUUGAUAUUUAAUAUUUUUCACUGGGAGGACUGAAAUGGGGUAAAUAAAAGAAAAAGAAAAAAAUCACCACACUUUUUGUUUGUUACUUCUGCAUCACCAUGGAAAAAUAAAAAAAAAUGUACAAAAAAAAAAAAUCUAUAUAUGAAUGUGCCAUGCAUGACUCAAAAGGAUUCUGGGAGUUUGGCAAAGAAAAAAGAAAACCUCACUUAUGACAAAGCUGCGGGCCAUCCCUUCACCCCCUCAACUCUCCGCAGGUGGCACCUGCCUCAUCCUACCCCAGGAUUCCCCUUAUCCAUAGACUGGCUGCAUUUGACACUACAAGCGAGCUAACAAGCGUUCCUGCGGACUGUAACCAUUUGUGGGUGCCUUCCUUCCCCACCCCCGACUUAUCAUUACCAUUGUGCUAUUGUAUGAGUCUGCCAUGGGCAGGAUUUAUUUAUCACUUGUUAAUUGCUGACCAAUUAUGGUCCACCAAAAUGUUUAUUAUAUAUAUAUUUUUUCCUUGCCAGGAGAUGGACUUGUUUUUUUUUUGUUUUACUCAAGAAAUGAUACAUUUAAUGAAAUUUUGAAGUUAUGGACUUUAUCAUACAUAGAAAAAAAAAAAGAAGAAAAAAUUAUCCUUGCAAUGCUUUGCAGCAGGAAUGCACUUACACCUGGAUGUCCGAUUGGGUUCAAGGUACCUUCUUACAUUCUGGUCUGCUGGAUGGUUCGAGGGAUCACUGCAAAGAAAGCUGCUACAAAUCUCCCUCAUCCUCGCAAAAAGUAACGCCAUCGGGCAGCAAAAAGCGUAACGAUUGGGUGCUUUCACCUCUCCCUAUUUACUGUAUAUAAUAAAAUAAGGGUUUUUUGUAUGUUUUUAUUACGUUAAUUAUUGUUAUAAAGGAAAGAAAAGCCUGCCAUUCAAUGCUUCAUGUUUUUGUUUUUUUUUUCUCCAAGCCGGGCGGGGUUAAUUAAAAAAAAAGCCCCUUUUUAACUUGCUAUAUUGAGUGUUUGUGUGAUCUGCUGCUGGUCAGGACUCUAUUCCAUCAAGGUUGUGUUUUUUUUUAAUUUGAGAGAGAAAAUUAAAAGUUCAAAAACAUUUAAA